AUGGAGUUUCACCACCUGAUCCAGAAACACUCUAGCUACCCCAGGAGCUGUGAAUGGAUGUUUCAGAGGAAUGAAAUGACUACAUCUGGCAAGGCUGCUAAUCUUCUUAAAGACGUAUUCCAGAAUUCCUAUGACGAGGCAUUAAACUGUCUCAAUACCAAUUACUAUGGAUGCAAACGGGUAACAGAGGCUCUUCUGCCACUUUUGAAGCUAUCUACAUCAGGUGCAAGGAUUGUUAAUGCCUCCUCCCUUGCGUUGGAGCUGAAGAGAAUGCCAAACGAGAAGCUUCGAAAUGAUUUGUGCGACAUCAACCUCUGGGAUGAGGACCGAAUAGAAGCAGUGUUGAACACAUUCUUGGAGGACCUGAAGAACGGGCGGCUUGAACAGGCCGGGUGGCCCAUCAUGCUGCCAACAUACAGUGUAUCGAAAAUGAUCAUCAAUCUGUACACCAGGAUCAUGGCAAGGAGGUAUCCAGAGAUGCGCAUCAAUUGCGUUAGACCUGGCUUUGUCAAGACUGACAUCUGCUGGAAUCUAGGGCUAUUGACUCCUGAACAAGGUGCAAGAGGGCCAGUCAUGCUAGCUCUGCUCCCUGACAAUGGACCAACUGGGUGCUAUUUUGAUCAGACAGAAAUGGUGAACGUUUGGUGA